GAACCAGCCUAAAUGACCAUCUCCUCUCUGGACCUGACCUGAUAAACAACUUGAUUGGCAUUCUUAUCAGGUUUCGACAACACCCCAUUGCAUUAAUGUGCGAUGUUGAAAAGAUGUUCCACCAGUUCCAUGUAUGUGAAACUGACAGAGACUUCCUGCGCUUUCUUUGGUGGAGUAAAGGAGAUCUCAGCACCGAACCCAAGGAGUUCCGUAUGAGGGUACAUCUAUUUGGUGCGGUUUCCUCCCCUGGGUGUGCCAACUACGGACUGAAAUACCUGGCCAAGGAGAACAAGGACCUCUAUCCUCUCGGUGCUAAGUUUAUUACAAGGGACUUUUAUGUGGACGAUGGGGUGGUAUCUGUGAAUAAUGUCGAAAAUGCCAUUCAGGUCGCAACGGAAGCACGAGAUCUUUGUGCCAAAGGUGGUCUUAGAUUACACAAGUUUGUGUCCAAUAAUCGAGCUGUCUUAGAAAGCAUACCACCAUCUGAGCGAUCAGCUGAUGUUGGGAACCUUGACCUUACCUUUGAUGACCUGCCAUUGGAGAGGGCAUUAGGUGUCCAGUGGGAUCCACAGUCUGACCACUUCAAGUUCAGUGGCAGCCUUAAAGAACAGCCUGCAACUCGUCGUGGAGUUUUAUCCACAGUUGCUUCUCUGUACGAUCCAUUGGGAUUUGUAGCUCCAUUUGUGCUCAAUGGAAAAAGGAUACUUCAAGAGAUGUGUAGGUGGGGAACAGGCUGGGAUGACGACAUGGGAGAUGAACUUCAACCAAGAUGGGAGCGCUGGAGAAAUGAUCUAGCCUUCCUAAACCAGGUUACUAUACCCCGUAGUUAUACACCUGUUGGAUUUGGUGAGAUUACCAAGACUGAACUGCAUCAUUUUUCUGAUGCGAGCACAAAAGGAUAUGGCCAGUGUUCCUACUUGAGAUUUUACAAUGCAAAAGGAGAUGUGCACUGUGCCCUUGUCAUUGGGAAAUCCAGAGUAGCUCCCACAAAGGUCACAACUGUCCCUAGGCUGGAAUUAACUGCUGCUGUUGUUUCGGUGAAGAUGAGUAGCAUGCUCAAAGAGGAAUUAGCAUCUCUUGAGGCAGAGGAAUUCUUCUGGACGGACUCAAAGGUGGUUUUGGGGUACAUAAGGAAUGAAGCAAGACGUUUUCACACAUUCGUCGCAAACAGAGUUCAGAAGAUUCAUCUUGGCUCACACCCGCAACAAUGGAGGUAUGUUGCAUCCAAUGAGAAUCCUGCAGAUCAUGCCUCCAGGGGCCUUACCCUCAGAGAACUCCUCACAUCCACCUGGCUCACAGGUCCAGAGUUCUUGUGGAAACCGGAAUUUCAAUGGCCAGCAGAUGAGACUCCAGAGCUGGAAAUAGGAGAUCCUGAAGUCAGAGCUGCUCAGUCCUUAACAACUGAAACAACAAGGCAGUUCAACAUAGUUGAUCGCCUAUCUAAGUUUUCUUCCUGGUCACGGGCAGUUAGAGCUGUAGCACGUAUCCUCAGAUGCAUCCGCAAGAACAAAUCAAAAGGCAUUACUACAGUGGAGGAAAGAGAAAAUGCAGAAAGUGCCAUUAUCAAGAAUCUGCAGGGACAAGUCUUUCAAAAUGAGUUGGGUCUAUUGAACAAAGACAUUCCUCUACCAUCCAACAAUAGGUUGCACCGAUUGAAUCCAUUCAUUGACAAGGAUGGGGUGCUUAAGGUGGGAGGAAGAUUAUGUAACUCGUCUCUUUCCAAUUCAUUCAAACAUCCCAUAAUUCUCCCCAAAGAUCACCACAUCACAAGGCUGAUCAUCGCCCACCAUCAUGAAAAAGUGGAACAUCAAGGCAAGGGUCUCACCCUUAAUGAAAUAAGGGCGAAUGGUUACUGGAUGCCAGGAGUCGGGCGUACAGUAGCAUCCUAUAUUCAUCGCUGUGUAACCUGCAGAAAGCUCAGGAAACCUGUAGAGGAGCAAAGGAUGGCUGACUUGCCCCCUGAGCGUGUGGAACAGUCAGCUCCAUUUACCUAUUGUGGGAUGGACUGCUUUGGCCCAUUUCCUACUAAACAAGGGCGGAAAGUGUAUAAGAGAUAUGGUCUUAUUUUCACAUGCUUUUACUCAAGGGCAAUCCACAUUGAGAUGCUCGAUGACAUGUCGACUGAUGCAUUCAUCAAUAGCCUUCGAUGUUUCAUUGCUAUCCGUGGUGCAGUACGGCAGAUAAAAUCAGAUCAAGGGAGUAACUUUGUGGGAGCAAAACGUGAACUCAAGGAAUCUCUUAACGAAGUGGACCCAGAACGCAUAGCUACGUUUCUGGCGGAGAAGCAGUGCGACUUUAUAAUGAAUGCGCCUUGUUCAAGUCAUGCUGGUGGCGUCUGGGAGAGACAAAUCAGGACAGUCAGAAAUGUCCUCCGGUCCACAAUUGCUCUCUCAUCAGACAAGCUAAAUGAUGCCUCCUUACGAGCCUUUCUGUAUGAAGCUAUGGCUAUUGUGAAUAGCCGUCCACUUACAGUUGACAAUCUCACAGACCCAGACAGCCUUGAACCUCUUACCCCUAAUCAUCUCCUCACUCAAAAGUCCAACAAAGCUCUACCGCCACCUGGUGAAUUUGUAAGAGAGGACAUGUAUGGAAAAAAGAGAUGGCGACAUGUUCAGUAUCUAGCUGAACAGUUUUGGAGCAGAUGGCGCAAGGAAUACCUUGCCACUAUUGCUACCAGACAGCGCUGGCACUCACCCAGAAGAAACGUCCAAACUGGUGACGUUGUGAUGUUAAGAGAUGACAAUCUUCCCAGAUGUGAAUGGCGUCUAGGCAGAGUGUCAGAGACCACCCCUGAUAAGGAUGGGCUCGUUCGUAGAGUCAAAGUACAAUUAGGGGAUAAGCAUCUAGGUAAAAAGGGUGAACAUCUGAGCAAGUUGUCAGUCGUAGAACGCCCAGUUCAGAAACUGGUCCUCCUGCUGGAGACAAGUUAAACUCUUUUUCAUUAACUCUGCUCAUGACUCCCAUUCUUGCAAAUGUAUUUGUUUACUUAAUAUUUUGGUACAGUUCGAGUUAUGUUCUCCCUCAUAAAACAGAAUGGAAUUAAUAAGGGAAUCAUUCAUGCUUAUAGUUUUCAAGCUCUGUUAUAAGUCAUUAAUGAUUGGUGGGAGUGUAACUGAAGUUUAAGUUAACAUUAUGUAUAUUUAAUUUCUGUCCUGCAGUUUUCUUUUGUUAUUUUGGUUUUAUUAUUGUGGGAAGAAUGACUGAAAAUAUUGAAGACUUUUAUUUUGAAACUGUGGGGAAAACGGGAGUGAAUGAGUCAGGCAGUUCAGCAGGACAGGCGCGAAUGCUGGAGGGGACAGAGAGGGAGGAUAUUCAGGAGAAACACGGCAAUAUAUGCCCCUAGCUAGAGCGGGAACAAGCUCUUACGGUGUGUUUGUGAGACCAAAAAAGUAUUAAAUCUUCAUAAACCAUCAGUUGGCUUUACCAUUAUCUGGCUGGGGGGCU